ACCGUCCUGCUUCACGACGAGAACGCCAAUUUCAACAUUCAUACUUGUCCUCCAGCUUCAUCAAACUCCGCCGCUGUCUGCUCCGUGCUCCCGUAAAACGCGGCCACCAUGACGGGGGCUCCGCCGUACGGUGUGCAAUCGCCGACCCAGCAGGCUCGUUUCACGGCAUAUUCACCACCGAACAAGAACUCCCCUUACUAUCCCAACAAUGAACAUUACCAGCAACCCGCUGCCCAGACGCCUUCGGCCUUUCCCCCGCAGGCGCCUCUCGCAAGGAGUCCUCACUUCUCUCAAGCGCCAUCACCUCUGCCCACCACCCUUCCUCCGCUGAAUGGAAGUGCUCCUCCACCUCCUCCUCAUGCAGAGGCCGCAUCGCAGUAUCCAGCACAUUCAUCUACGGGGCCUCCGCAGUACUCUAUUCCACCUCCAUACGCUGGGUCCGUGAUUCCCGGUAACGCUUCAGCGCCUUAUAACCAUACCUCUCACGCUCAUCCUUCGAGCCGGCCGCAAGCUCUCUCACAAUCUCCGAAGAAAGAGCCAGAGUCGUCUUUCGACGUUAGAAGCAACGGUGCUGCAUAUUCUUCACAAUCCCCCAUGAUGCGGGAGACGAGACCAGCGUCGCCCAAGGAGACGAAACCUUCCAGGGCUAACGACCCCAUGUCUUUUGCAAGUAUCCUCUCCGAACCGACGGAGGAACGCUCUUCCCGCAGACCCUCUCCUCCCCCGGCUGUCAGUGGCCAAAUUACUACUGAACAGACUCCGGCCUCUCUUCCCAAGCUGGAGAAAAAGCCUUCAUCUGACAGGAAGCGUCGCACUGUCGAUUACGAUACUGGCGCUGAAGAGACCCCGGCGCCUGCCGCGAAUGGUGCUGCAGAGCCAGCGAAACUUGCGGCAGCCCAACAGCAGGGCAAGGCACGAAAGACGUUGUCGGAGCGUGAGUUGGAAGCGAUCAACAAGAUCAUUGCCGACAUCGACAAUGCAGAGAAGAGUGAUGUUGAAGGUCCCGGCUUCGAGAAGGAACAUGAACGUUACUUGAAGAAGAGUAGGAAGCGUGCCCGAGAAUCAGAGAUCUCUGAAGGACUGAAGCGGAAGCGACGUCGACAUGACUUCCUCGUCAGACUGGGAAGGACGUUUGAGAGACAAGCUAUGGCCGGUUCCGAGCGUUUCAGGAUCAGAAAUGAAGCAGCUGCAGUUGCGGAUGUUCAACGCAAAGAGGUCCAAGAUGAAAAGGAACGCAAGAAGGAUAUGCAGAGGAAGCGUCGCCGCGAGAACACCGUGCGUCUGGAGACGCAGAAAAAGCUCGAGGCCGAGCGCAAGGCCAACAAGGCGGAAGACUCUGCUGAGAAGGAGAAGUUCCUCCGAGAGGCUGAAAAGGCUCAGAAGAAGAUCCGAACUACCAAGCGAGCCUUGGAGAAAGGCACCGCUGCUGAUGAGAUCAGCGAGGUCACGCCGCUGGCACCUAAUCUGGAGGGCGGCACUACAAGCUCCUUCCACAUCAGCCGCGGCUCUUCGCCUCCUUCCAGGAGGAAGUCUGGUCGCAUUGGAACCUCUUCGCGUCCGAAGAAAUCCAAGGAGAAGAAGCAGGCAGAGAAGGAUGCGGCCGAGGCGGCCUAUGCGGCUAUGGAAAAGGACGAACUCGUGCCUAUCGCUCCCAAGGAAGAUCCUCGAAAAGAGUCUCUCAAGAAGGAGGGCAAGGGCGCUCGUUCGAAGGAGGCUACUCCAUCUCCUCUCGCUGCCUACGAGACUAAGGGAUACAAUCAGAUCUACGAACAGAUCUGGCGCGACAUUGCUCGCAAGGACAUCCCUAAGGUUUACCGUAUCAAAGCCCUGUCGCUCAGUACACGCCAGGAGAACCUUCGCAAGACCGCUCAGCUGGCUAGUAAGCAGUCCCGCAAAUGGCAGGAACGCACGAACAAGAGUAUGAAGGAUACACAGGCUCGCGCCAAGAGAACUAUGCGUGAGAUGAUGUCCUUCUGGAAGCGCAACGAGCGUGAGGAGCGUGAUCUACGCCGUGUGGCCGAGAAGCAGGAGCUUGAGAAUGCUAAGAAGGCCGAGGCUGAACGCGAGGCAAACCGACAGAGGCGGAAGCUUAACUUCCUUAUCUCCCAGACGGAACUGUACUCUCACUUCAUCGGGCGCAAGAUCAAGACCGCAGAGGCAGAGCAAACUGCAGACACGACUACGGAAACGACCGGCGAGACUGUCCAGCCCGGUCAAGGCCAAGAACAUAUGGUCGACCUCCCUCCCAGUGUCGCCGAUCCGAAUACAAAAGUUACCAACUUCGAAGACCUGGACUUUGAUGCAGAAGAUGAGACUGCCCUGCGUCAGGCGGCCAUGGCCAAUGCGCAGAAUGCUGUUCAACAGGCCCAGGACCGUGCUCGUGCUUUCAACAAGGAAGAUAAUCAGAUGGCCGCUUUUGAUGAAGGCGAAAUGAACUUCCAGAACCCCACUAGUCUGGGUGACAUCACCAUCUCCCAACCUAAGAUGUUGACGGCUCAGCUGAAGGAAUACCAGUUGAAGGGUCUGAACUGGCUCGUCAAUCUGUACGAGCAGGGUAUCAACGGUAUUCUUGCAGAUGAGAUGGGUCUAGGAAAGACCAUCCAGUCCAUCUCCGUCAUGGCGUAUCUAGCAGAGGUGCACAAUAUCUGGGGUCCAUUCCUCGUCAUUGCACCAGCUUCCACGCUUCACAACUGGCAGCAGGAAAUCACCAAGUUCGUUCCCGAUAUCAAAGUGCUGCCUUACUGGGGUUCUGCCAAGGACCGAAAGAUUCUACGAAAGUUCUGGGACCGCAAGCACAUCACCUACACAAAGGAAUCGGAGUUCCAUGUCCUGGUCACGUCCUACCAACUUGUCGUGCUCGACGCACAAUACUUCCAGAAAGUCAAGUGGCAGUACAUGAUUCUGGAUGAAGCACAGGCCAUCAAGUCGUCGCAGAGUUCGCGUUGGAAGAACCUUUUGGGAUUCCACUGCCGUAACCGUCUUCUGUUGACUGGUACUCCCAUCCAGAACAACAUGCAGGAACUCUGGGCGUUGCUUCAUUUCAUCAUGCCAACAUUGUUCGACUCCCACGAUGAGUUCAGCGAGUGGUUCUCUAAGGAUAUCGAGUCGCAUGCGCAGAGCAACACGAAGCUCAACGAGGAUCAGCUGAGGCGUCUCCACAUGAUCUUGAAGCCUUUCAUGCUGCGCCGUAUCAAGAAACAUGUCCAGCAAGAGCUUGGAGACAAGGUCGAGAAGGAUGUCUUCUGUGAUCUGACCUACCGUCAGCGCGCGUACUACGCCAACUUGAGAAACCGCGUCAGCAUCAUGGAUCUCAUCGAAAAGGCGGCCGUCGGUGACGAUACAGAUAGCACUACGCUGAUGAACCUAGUGAUGCAAUUCCGGAAGGUCUGUAACCAUCCAGACCUGUUCGAGCGCGCUGAGACAAGGUCUCCUUUCUCCGUUGCACACUUCGCAGAGACAGCCUCUUUCCUCCGUGAAGGACAGAAUGUCGAUGUUGGCUACUCCACACGGAGCCUGAUCGAGUAUGACCUGCCACGCAUGCUGUGCGCUUCUGAUGGCCGUGUUGACGUUCCAGGCCCGGGGAACAGUCGGGCUGGCUUCCGCGGGAAGUAUCUUAAUCAUCUGAUGAACAUCUGGUCGCCUGAGAAUAUCAAGCAGAGUUCCGAAGACAAUCAAGCCUUCUCGUUCUUGCGCUUCGCGGACACAUCGCCCAGCGAGGCCUACGAGAUGUCACACAUUGGAAUUUUUGAGCGCGCUGUUCGCCGUCGCGGCAAGGUCAAUCGCCUUUCGCGACUCAAUGUUGUCUACGACGAAGAGGAGAACGUGAAUUCUGUCCUACCUCAUUCACUAUUCAAUAUCGUCGAGCGCAACGAUCGCCAGGCUACACACGAAGUCGCCUUGGAGGGUCGCAUGCUCGAGCUCAUGAAUGUAUCUAGGAUGACCUUUGAGCGUGAAGGUCUCAGCAUCAUCGAGCCGUGCGCCAGCCCAAUAGCCUCUGCCCCACCGAUCACGAUCAAUUGCUCUGGCCAGGCUGCGAUCCGCGAAACGCAGGACACGCUGUUCAACGUCUCUGUGCGUCAUGCACUCUUUGGUGUGCCAUCCAAGAAGAUGGAGGAGCAGAUCGUGGAAAAGAAACUGGACCCUACGCCGUAUUCUUUGCCUCCUAUGCUGCCCGAGCCACUUUCAGCCAAGGGACGCUACACGCACAUCGAGGUGCCAUCCAUGCGGCGUUUCGUCACCGAUUCGGGCAAGCUGGCGAAGCUGGACGAGUUGCUCCGCGAACUCAAGGCGGGUGGUCAUCGUGUGCUGCUCUACUUCCAGAUGACGCGUAUGAUCGAUCUGAUGGAAGAGUACCUGACUUACCGGAACUACAAGUACUGCCGUCUGGACGGAAGUACCAAAUUGGAGGAUCGUCGAGAUACUGUGUCUGACUUCCAGCAGCGGCCGGAGAUUUUCGUCUUCUUGCUGUCGACCCGUGCUGGUGGUCUGGGUAUCAACCUGACGGCCGCUGAUACUGUCAUCUUCUACGACUCGGAUUGGAAUCCUACCAUCGACUCUCAGGCCAUGGACCGUGCUCACCGUCUUGGUCAAACGAGGCAGGUCACCGUGUACCGUCUGAUUACGCGCGGUACCAUCGAGGAGCGGAUCCGGAAGCGUGCUUUGCAGAAGGAGGAGGUCCAGCGUGUCGUCAUCUCUGGCGGUGCUGCGGGCGGAGUCGAUUUCAACACUCGCACGCGCGAGAACCGCACCAAGGACAUCGCCAUGUGGCUUGCCGACGACGACCAGGUCGAGCUCAUCGAGCAGAAGGAGAAAGAGGCCUUGGACCGCGGCGAGGAAUUUGGUGCCAAGAAGGGCGGAAAGAAGGCCGCACCGAAGAGGAAGAAGGAUCUCACGCUGGACGAUAUGUAUCACGAAGGUAUGUAAAGCGUUUGUCAGUCAUUUUCGACGAUUAAGU